UGCUCGACAGCAGCGAUGCUCGAUUGAUUUGGGCUGCUAAAAAUGGUGGCGAAGUGUCAACCCUAGGAAUUAUCUGUCGCUAUUUUUAAUAACAGUGAUCAUUUUGAUCAUUAAUAGUUUAAUAUCAGGAUGGGAUUAACACAGAGCUCAGACGCUCCUGAGGGAGGGACCUACGGAUACCACGUUCACGGAGUGCAGCCUAAUUCUCCUGCAGAAAAAGCAGGACUGCAGUCCUUCUUUGACUUCAUCCUGUCUCUGGACAACAAAAGACUUAGGGAGGAAAACGAGCAGCUAAAGGAGCUCCUGAAAGCCAACGUGGAGAGAGCUGUGAAGAUGGAGGUGUACAGCACUAAAAGCACGCGGGUCCGAGAGCUGGAGGUGGUGCCCAGUAACAUGUGGGGAGGCCAAGGUCUGCUGGGCGCCAGAGUUCGCUUCUGCAGCUACCAAGGAGCCAAUGAGAACGUCUGGCACGUGCUGGAUGUGGAAGCCAGCUCCCCGGCAGCACUGGCCGGUCUUCAGCCCUACGGAGAUUACAUUGUUGGAGCAGAUCAGGUGUUGCAAGAUUCGGAGGACUUCUUCUCACUAAUUGAAGCCCAUGAGGGAAAGCCGCUGAAGCUGCUGGUGUACAACACACAGACAGACAGCUGCAGGGAGGUGAUGGUCACACCAAACGGAGCGUGGGGUGGAGAGGGCAGUUUGGGCUGUGGCAUCGGUUAUGGCUACCUGCAUCGCAUCCCAGUCAACCCAGAAGUGUCAACAAUGGAGCCCUCCGUCGCUGUUACAGAGGGGAAACCCUCCCCACAGGAGCCAACACACGGGUACACAGAGGCACCUCUGAUGGCACCAUCAACCCCUAGUGAAGAGCUGUUAGAUGUGGAGCCGAUCACCCUCCAGGACUCUGUCCUCUCUCCACCAAAUCAGACGGCAGCAGAACCUGGUUUAUCUGAUUCUGAUGCAGCUGUGACGAACCCUGACCCUGCAGAUGUUUUGGACCGGCUGGAUGUGUCCACGUCAUCCAUCGACAUGACCAACACAUCACUGGCGAUGCAUGAGGAAAAGGAGGGAGACAUAUCUGGUAUUGAGGAGCUGGAGGACAGCGCUCUGCCUUCAUCUACAGAGAACCACAGUGAGCUGCCAGAGCACGUCUCCCACCCUGCGGCUGUGGAGCUCACUGCUUCUCUCACUGCUCCUGACACUUUGUCUGACUCUGGAGUCGCUCCAGCUGAAACGUCUUCUCUGUGCUCUGAGUCUGCAGACCCUCAGAGCUUCCUCAUUGAAUCCAGUGGAAGUCCCAGUCCACCUCUGGGUGUGUUGUAUCUCCCUGAGGACCCUCCUGGUCCGUCUUCACUAGACCUGAUCCCAACCCCAGCUGCUGACGAGGCACCUUCAGACCAAUCGCAGGUCUCUGCUGACAUGCAAGCAGCUGUUUAUGAGUCUGAAGAGCCUGUACCUCAUCAGAGUAGUGAGGAAGAAGCAGAAAAAAACUCAUUCUGAUUAAGCUUUCAAUUUGGUCAUAUAGAGACAGCACUAUUAAUUAUGGCUUAGACAAUCAAUAAUUCAAUUUGUUUUUUUCUUUUAAAAAAGCCAUACGUUGCUGUGCAAAAGCAUCACAUUUCUUCUGUUUUUUUUUAUUUUAUUUUUAUUCUUUUAGAUAAUUCAUCAAAUGUUGCUAAGAAAUAAGAGAUAAACAGAGUAAAUACAAACCACAGCCUUCAAAAAAUUAAAUUUAAUAAGGAUAAAGCCUAUCCACAUUAACAUGGCCCUUUCAGUCAGCUUCCUUUAUUUAUUUAACAGAUACAUUCUCUUCCUGGGAUCCGUGAAAAUCCCAGAUCGCCAAUCCAAAGCAGGACUAUGCAAAUGUGCCACCGCUCACACUGUCACUCCGUUCUAAGAGCAAUUAGGCAUGGUUUCUGGACUAUGUGAGGAUGUUCUUGCUCCAGGGAAGCAGAGCUAACUAACCCUACGACCAUUAUGGUAUAUGUUUCAAGAGUAAGAGAGAACUGGACCAAAUGGUAUCCAAGGUAACAAGAUAACAAACAUCUUUUGGUCAAAUUUUUUUUCCAAAAGUGUCUUUAUCACCAAGAUUUUUAGGAAGAUAUUCUGUAGUUAUGAGAAUAUCUUAAGUGGAACUUUUGAAGUUGUACGUCUUAUUUGAUCUGGUGUAACAUUAAUGCAGAUCAAAGAAGAAGAGAGUGUCAUACCUACAGUCAACAUUGGGUGUUGUCAGUUUGAUGGUUUUUCAACCACUGGACGUUUUGCUAUAGCUGAUAAAACCAGGAAUUCUGCUCCGCAGCAGAAAGUCCUGAUAGAGAACAUCAGGCUGGCAGCUCCUGCAAAUGCGUUAAGGUAAAAAUAACCUGAAGCACAUCACCAGGCCCAUCAGUAAAUUGCUAAAAACAUCAAAGAGUUAAGUUUUCAGUGUCCAAGUUGAGGCAAAAAAUCUCCAAUGUGGUGGAAAUAAAACAUUAAUAUAAAAAAAUGGGCCAAAUUCCUCUUGAGCAAAAAUUAAAAUGCUCUUUGUAUUUACUCAGUUUAUCUGCAAAAACAAGACUUUAUUUUUAUUUAUUUUUUACAGAACCAUGUGUAGGAAUUAAGACUGAAACUGUCUUCCCUGAUUGCUGCACCACUAAACUGGUUACACUACAUGUAAAAGCUGAGACUUUAAUAGAAGAGAGUCAAUAUCUAGAGGUACGUUUAUACGAAAUUAAGUUACUGAGUUUUCUUACUUGUAGCCCUAAAUAAUGUUUGUUUGGUUGGAAAGCAGAGAACACAGGUUUUAAAAACUUUGAGAACACUGAGGAGAAAUUACUUGAACAGUUCAAACGAAACAGAACUACUGCAAAGCACAGCUGCACCCGUUGAUAUCAAACACCCGACUUUCUUGACACUACUAGACUGCUGGCUGGGUCGAUCGGUGCGCUGUACUAUCCCUCCUUGUGUUUUUGAAGGAGCUUUGUUUAUUAAGCUAUUACUCUGAGCUUUAAUCAUUAAGCAUGGGACACUUUUAUUUGAUGUGCCCUGUUGUUGGGAUUUUAAAGGGCUUUUACUACAGUGACAUUUCGGUCAUAUAAGGGCUGCUGAGGGCAAAUUUUCUCCAAAAUACUUUCUUUUUUUUUUCUUCCUGUGGCCCUAAUCAUCUUCCGUACAUUUGAGAUGUUUUUGUUAUAUUCACAAAAUGUUUCACACCACCUCUGACAAGGCUUAUAUGUUUAAGAAAAAUGUUUUGCUUUUAAUUAUUUUAGAAC